AUGGCAUCCACAGUCUCCUCUACUGGCCAAGCUGCCUCAAAGAAAACCCCUGCCGUCGACCCGGCUCCCCGUAUGUCUCCCUCCAGCUCUACUAGUUCCGAUGUAUCUAUGGCCCGCUCCAUCUCGCCCCUCCCCACCCUCAACGUCCCCAGCGACACUCAAAUCUCCGCUACGCCCGCCGGCCUCUACACGCAGCCCGACGGCCCUGGCCUUUCCACCCAGGCCCGCCUCCACAAUGCGGAGGCAUCUGCACUCGCCUUCAACCUUGCGGCCGAGGCCGCGCUUCUGCCUCAUGGCCCCCUCCCCUCUGCCUCGCCUGCCCCGCCUGUCUCCGGACUCGGCGAACUGGACCGGUACUUCCGGUCCCUCAGUGCCCAUUUCACUCCCCUCUCUCAGCCCGCUCCGGACUCCCCGCUCCCGGCGUCUGUCCCGUCUUUCCGGCACCCCGCCAUCCUCAGCGCUCGCUUCCUGGCCGCUAUGGCCAAACUCAACGCUCAACCCAAAUCCCAACGCCCCCCGGAGGAAAAAGCCCGUCUGGCGGACAUCCUACAAGCCUUCCUCGACGACGGCUUCUCCUCCGCGUCCCGCGAUGCCGCGAAUGCGGCCUACGCGUUCGUCCGCGGUCUCCUCGACGCUUCCCCCUUCCCCACCAGCGACGUCCCCCCCGAGGCACACCAACUCACUCCCGACCUCGAUUCACUCGACACAGAAACUGUCACCGACAUUCUCUUCGCUCUCGUCAUGUUCUUCCGCACUCACCCUGACUUUCCUCCCAGGGAUUUUGACAGGUCCCACGUCCCCCGGGUGGCCGACGCCCUCGAAAUCUACCCGUUUCACCUCGAGCGCAUCUUCGACACUCAUCCCUCCAUCAUUAACACAGCGAUCCGCAUUGUCUCCUGGGAUCCGCCCGCCAACCCGGCCCCCCGGGCCCCCUCUCCCUCACUGCGCGAAGGUCAAGGCGUCCUUGACCUCAUCAACAACCUCCCCCCAGCCACUAUCCACACCACACCCCCAUCCCGCUCCCCCUCUCCUAUGCCCGGCGUUGCCCACCCUGGCCUUCCCGGCUCUAUCCAUUCCCCUCAUAACCGCCCCCCCACCCCCUCCUCCCCGACCGCCCAGACCUUCGAUGCGUCCGCCCCUCCCCAUUAUCCCACCCCUCCUCCCAAGAAAGCGCCCUCCCUGCCGCAAGGCGUCCGAUGCGACGUCUGUCGCGGGAACCACCUCACCAGACGUCACGACACCGUCACCAAGCGCUCAGCCGCCAAACAGACGUCCGCCCCGCCCCCGCCCCCGUUCCCUCGGCCCGGCCCGCCCUAG